AUGGAGCUUCAAACUAAGCUGAUGGAAAAUCUUGGCUCCCAACCCAUGCUUUUCUCUCCAACUUACAGCUUGAAACCCUACAUGAAAGAUGAAUUUUCUUUUGGAACUCCUUCAUCAAAGUGUUUGUUGCAAGAUUUUCACCAUCCUGAUCAUGAGUUUCAUGCUAAUGGGUUUGCAUCAAAUCCCAUUUUUGGGGUCCAAACUCAUGGGUGUCAUGAUUCAUUAGAUAAUUUCACUUAUGGAUUCUCAACCGAGUGUAAGCCAUUUGCAGAAAAUGGUGGGCAUGGUCAUGUUAUGGACAAUUUCCAAAGUGGAGGCCGAUACUUAAGUUUUCCUCAGACAAAUCCCGCCGAUAUUGUGGCAACAGAUGAUCAUCAGGGUCCCAUGGCCUUCACAACUACUUUCCAAGAUGUGAAACCUGUGAAUUUUAUCGUACCAGAUGAAGUCUCAUGCAUAACAUCGGAAAUUGGGUACUACAAAAAAUUUGGCAUGAAUAAGAAUAGGGCAUUGCCAACAACUACAAGGGAAUAUAAAGGUCGGAAAAGGUCUAAUUUGGUUAAGGGCCAAUGGACGACUGAAGAAGACAGGCUCUUGAUUCAACUGGUUCAGCAAUAUGGAGUGAGGAAAUGGUCUCAUAUUGCUCAAAUGUUGCCAGCUGGGAGGAUAGGAAAGCAGUGUAGAGAGAGAUGGCAUAAUCAUCUUAGGCCUGAUAUCAAGAAGGAUACGUGGAGUGAAGAGGAGGACAAGGUACUCAUUCAGGCGCAUGGAGAAGUAGGAAACAAAUGGGCAGAGAUUGCAAAGAGGCUGCCUGGAAGAACCGAAAACUCCAUUAAAAACCACUGGAAUGCAACCAAAAGAAGGCAAUUCUCGAAACGAAAAUGUCGUUCAAAAUACCCUAGAAGCUCCCUUCUACAAGAAUACAUCAAGAGCUUGAAUUUGGACUCAAACACGGUGCAAAACCAGACAAAAACAAAUGCUAGUAAUGACGGCGGCACAACCAUUCAUGAUAACACACAGCUCAAACUCAAAGCACUAACUCAGCCAAAGAUCAUCACCAGUACGGAGUUUUACCCUGACAAUUCGGAGUACUAUGAUUUUCAUGAGGUCCUGGAUUUUUGUUUCGAUGGAAACUUGUCUCGUGAAAGCUGUAGCAUUGGUUCUCUUCUCGGUGACUACAUGCAUUGCACUCUAACUGUUGACAAGAAAGAUUUGGACGAGGAAAGCUGGCCUAAUUCUGCUCUUGAUCAUGUGGUUGAUGAUCAUGAGGAGAAUGUAGUUUGUGAUCCAGUUGUGGAUGAGAAAGAUUUUGAGAUGGAUGUCCCAGUACUGGAUAUGAAUCCAGAGGUAGAGUGUGAGUCGAAGAAGGAGCUGGAUUUGGUGGAGAUGAUCUCUCAAAUCAUUGAAAUAAAAUGA